CCUCUGAGAUGUGGUCAAUGCUGGCUACUUCGAUGGCCAGAGCAACGUUAACGGGGGGACCUGGGGAAAAGGGUUGAAUGGGGUCAUUGACAUCAUCAUAGGACCUACAAAAAUAUAAAUGACCCAAGAUUUCAAUUCUUUCAGAGAGUUCACAAAAGUGUUUUCCAUUAUAAAGUACACUCUCCAAGCAAAACCUACCCUAAAGCAAGAGAUUUAAAUCUUUUACUGAUUUCUACCUCAAUUUCCAAUCUCACUUCAGUGAUAAAGGGCACGAGAUACAAUCACAGCUACUGAAAAUUAUGGAAUCCUUUCUGGAAAUCACACUACCAAGUUUAAGACAGCAUGACUUCAAGCAGUGCCGGAAUCAUCACCAUUUAAUGCAAUACAAAAUUCCUUCAACUUAAAUGUCAGUGAUUUAAGAACUGUAUCAGAAGCCUGUGUUGCUGUUGUACAGUCUGUCUCCUGUCAAAACCAUCCAAAUUGUUGAUGGUUAUUUUUUCCCAGUAUCCAAGUAGAAGAUAAUCGUAACCUUUUAAUCAUGUAAAGGAUGAGCAUCAGAGGGUAGAGGGAUUGUAAGAACAGAAGAGACAUUAUUGUCCAAGCCUCACCUCCAAUGCCAGGCCUGAAAUUCCGUGCGUAGCCUUUCAUUAAAUCAUCCAGGUUGGGCAGCCAGGAGAUUUCGAUGUUGGAACCAAUGUAGUCUCCGAUGUCACUCAUAGCUCUGGGGAGAGGAAAGAAGUGUCCUUUGAGACUUGCCCACGUUUACAAACAGAAAACCAACAGAAAAUGGAAGAGUGACUUCUCUCACACCAGAGACCACAUAUGGUAUAAUCAGCUAUGCUGGAAACUUACUGAGAAAAUACUGUAUAUGGGCAGGAAAACAAUUUUGGAUAUUUCUGUUUAAAUCAAAACAUACUCAGGCAAGACUAUGGCCUCUUUCUGAAUUACAAGUACAUACUUUUGGAAGUUUUCUCCUUUUUUAAAAGAAGUAGGAAAAAUAGAUUCAGAAACUUAGAGAAAUCGUGAGGGAAACCAAGACACUUUGUGUGCUGCCUAAAAUGCAUCUGUGGCUGCUGGAAUGCAGCUGUGCCAGCUCCCAGUGAACCGUGGAACAGCUGAGCUCAGGGAGGCUGGGGGACUGUCAAAUGGGAGGGGAACACAGCAGGAACUGCACAUCUGGAACGAGGGGAACAGGCAGCAGGCUUCGUCUGCGAGGGGCUGUGUUGUUGUGGGGUUUGUGCUCGUGCCUCAGCCCCCUCCCGGCACCACCAUCUCCCAACUGCCAGACAGGUGCUUCUUGCUGGCCCAGUGCUGCUCCUGCAAGACUUUAGCCCAGGUUCUUGUUGCCAUUCUCCACCUCCUGGCAGCCCCUCAGCCCUGGUCCAAGCAGUUGUGUGGAUAUUCCACCACCUCUUACAAACAGAGGCAAGAUUAUCUUGUCUCCAUUAUCUGUUUAAAGUGAGCUGGCAGACUUCAUCUGCAGCUCUGUGCCUGCUCACAUCACUCCUCUCGCCAGCACCGUGACUGACAGCACAGGGGGAGAGAAAUGAGGGGCUGGGACAACAUCUGUCACCACUGUUUGCAAAGAGAAGAACUGCCAGUGGUUUGAGAGGGCCUGAAUGGAAGUACUGCAUCCGAGCUGCCUGAGCACUGGCUCAGCACCUUCCACCGAGCCCAGCAACAAAUGUGGCGUUUGAGGGAUACAUCUGAGUCCUAACAGGAGAGGAACUGGCUGAACACCCCUGGGGGGCUGCAGGGGGAGACACCACAAACACACCCUGCCCUGGCACUCACAGAACUUUGGCUGUUCAUGUGACAAUGACCCACAUAAAGCACAUGGGUUUUCUCCCCAAAAUAUGCCAGCCUGGGCACUCAGCUCAGCAUGAGCAGGUAUUGCCAGCACGGGAGCAGAGUCUCCUGCAGUGCCCAACUCCUCCUCCCACAGGGGACUGAGAGAAAAAUCUUCGAUCGCCCUGGUCAGAAAAUUCUUGUCUGGUGUACAGAGUCGAUUAUAUAAGGAAGGAGUUCUGGGAUUACAAUGUACAAAUGUGAGUUCUGAGCAGCAGAGACACUGAAAGCUUGCGUUAGUGGAGCUGUCAAAACUGUUGUGACCUUACAGCACAGGGACACUGCUCCAAGGGAAACUUCAUUACUUCCCAGAAAAAUGUUAUAUUAAAUUGCGUUCAUAAUAUUUCCUUGCCAUGAGCACAGUGCUGUAUGUUCAUCUCAAAUGACUAUCCCAGGCACUUCUCAGGUUCCUCUAGCUCUUCUGAGGAAGGAUCAGAGCCACGUUUUCAGCUGCAUAAAUUGGAAUAACAUAACUGAUUUAGACAAGGGCUUUGAAGAUUUAUAACAAAUGUUGACAGAAGUUCCUUCCUUCUUUAUUGGGUCUCAUCAACUAUAUCAACACUUCUUUCUAUCAGACUGCUCUUUUCCAUGUGCUGGUCUUUCAGUCAUCCAACUGUAAGUAUUUACUUAAAUGAAAUUAUAGUUUCUUAAUCCAUGGCAAAUUUGUUUAUAAAUGUGCUUAAUUGUAACUUGUAAGUCUCAGCCAUAGGUAUGGAAUGGUGUUCCUAACCAGCAAAACCUCUGAGCUCCUUUCCCAGGUAAAGAAUGGUGCUUUCUGUCUUUUCCUAAUGAGAGCAAAUAACUCCAAUGCGCUUGAAUUAAUACAUCAGCCUCAGAUCUCUUUACCUUUUCAACAGAAGAUGGUGCUUUGCAACUCCUGUUGCUAAAACUGCCGCCAGUUCUGGGAAGUGUUUUGCAAACAGAGCUCGAGUCAGAAGGCUGGUGUUCCAAUAGGCUGCGUACGCCGAGAAUUCCUUGGUGGUGUUUUCCUCUGGCCACACAGCUGUCAUCUAAUUUACCAGUAUAAAAGAACAGUUUCCUGUGUCUUCAGCAUACAUCUGUAAAACCAGCACCAGCUUUUAUGGAAAUACCCUUCCUGUGAUCUGACCUUGAACGCUGGGCUCGGGCUGUCAAAAGCUGAUGUUCUGCACCCACCUCUGGACAACUUUACAACCUGGUUGUUUGGAAAGACCUGUCAGCAUGGAAGAUCAUGAGCUCACUUACAGUGAGGGAGAGCAGCAAAUAUCUCCUCAACCAUUUCUGGAAGAGGAAGAAAAUGCAGCUGAAUAUGAGCUGGAAGAAAAGCUGUUUGGUGGUGGCGAGAUGGGAACCAAGGACACUUCUGGAGAUGUUGGAGACCAGUCUGAUUCCAGCACGGAAAGCUUGGAGCACUCUCUGGGUGACAUCAGCAACACUCGGGCUCUGCUGGCUGAGGAGAGAAUUCACAUAGCAGCCGUACAGAGGAACAUAAAAUUGCUUGAUGACAUGGUCAAGGAGAAGAAACUGGUGGUCCAAAAAACCGGACAAAAGCUGUGUGCCUGUCAGCUGCGGAUCAAGAUGCUGGCAAAGCAGCUGGAUCGUGUAGACAUGGAAAUAGAGAGAGAGAAGGAGGCUGGCAAUGUCCCAGCCCUGUCCCGCCUGCGGGCCGUGAGCCGCCGGCUGCACUCCGAGCUGGAGAGGGAGAAGGAGUCAGAGCUGAUAAUUGAUUUGAAACUAGACCAAGACAAGCUGGAGAUGUGGGAGAUAGAAAUCGAGCAGGGAAAAUACGAAGCGAUCCGUGACAAACUUCAGCAAGAGGAGGAGCAGCUCCAGAAGCACUACCAGGAGCAGAGGGAAGGGCGGAUUCGGAAGGAGAAAAGAACAGCCCUGCAAGCAGAAGGGAAGCGCCGCUCCCGGGAGCAAAAAGAGGAGAAAGCCCAGAAAGAACAUGAAGAAAGAAAGAAAAAAAUACUUGAGGAUGCGAAAAGGAACCACAAGAAAGCAGCCUGCUUCCUAAAGCAAAGCACAGCAAGAAUUCAUGACAAAAUUGCAAAGGAAGAAGAGAAAACUCAGGAGCAUAUGGAGAGAAGGAUACAAGCUGUGCUUUCCCUGAAAACCAGCAUCACUUCCAACAGGGAAAAGCUCCAAACUCUCCAGGUUUUGAACAAAGCAAAGGCCUUGGAGGCAAAGAAGGAGGAGAUGAAAAUGAGGGAAGCCAUCCUAGCAGAAGGAGGCAAUGUUGUCCAGGAAAUUUUCCUCCACAAACGACAGCUAAAGCAUGAAAAAGAGGAACAAGCUUUCAGAGAACUGCAGAAAUCAAGAAAAAUUGAGAUUGUAUCUCGAAUUCUGAAAGAAGAAGCUUCUUUUCACAAGCAGAAAGAAAGUCAGUCCCGUAUUAGGGCACCUAAGGCUCGGGGUAAAGUUGAGGACCCUUCAGUGCAGAGAAAGGAAGCCUGGCCCUGCAGGGAGGAGACCUGCACACGUGCAGGUGGAGCCACAGCACAGGAGUCCUGGCUCUCUCCAUCACCUCCUUCCUUGGCUGGUGAGGGAACUGCUCCCGAGGGAGGGAGUCCUGAGGACACAGCCCAGGAUGUGCUCUGGGAAAGUGGGGAUGAUGAGAAAGAGAAGGAAGAGACCCUCUUAGAACCAGAGUUCCCAGGACUUUGGGGCCAGGAAUAUGACUUGCACAAGAUACCCAAGGAAGAGGUGGAUCCAACACAGCUGGCUAUCAGGGCACUGAAAAAAGAGGUGUCUGAGAACAAAAUGGAGGAAUUCCAAACUGGAAGUUUGACCAAGCAAACAGUGCCUGGUCGUGAACACAAGGGCUGUGCUUUCCACAGCAAGCCCAGCUGCAUUCAUUUCAAGGAUUUUGAUGUUGGUCAAACCUACAAAAAGAAGAUAAUUUUGACCAAUGCCUCCUACAGUGUUAAUUACUGCAGGCUGGUGGGGAUCAGUGAGUGCCUCAAGGACUUCAUCAGUGUUCAUUUUGAUCCACCUGGCAAAAUGUCUUCUGGAAUGUCCUGUGAAUUUGUGGUAACCUUCAAGCCAAUGAUAAAUGAAAGUCUGGCAGGAGAAGUCAUGUUUGUGGCACAGACAGGUUCCUUUUCUGUCCCACUGCAAUGCACAGUCAAGAGCUGCGUUCUGGCUCUGGAUAAAGAGCUCAUUGACUUCGGCAGCCACGUGGUGGGAGAGACGAUUUCCCGGACCCUCAUCCUGACAAACAGCGGAGCUCUGGGAACCAGAUUCAGAGUUCAAACAUCAGCAGGUGACAGGAGCACACACAGAGCGACAGUAAAACCCGCCCCUGCAAGGAUGGUCCCUCGACAUUCCAGUGGCUGUGACCCUGAAGAGGAGGGGAGCAGCAGUCCUGGGGCAGCUGGGCUGGGAAAGCAGGUCCGGAUUUGUGCUGAGCCCGGCGAGGAGGUGACCCCCUGUGCAGCCCAGCAGCCACAGGGACCCCAGAGCAGCAGUGCCACGGAACAACUUGAUCAAGAAGUUCUGAGUAUGAGAUCAGACCUGGACACAGACAACGCACAGGAUUCAAUGGAACUUUGUCCUGAAGAAACACCAGUUGAAAUUAUGCUUGGAAAGGUCACUGAGGGGGAGGUUGGACCCUUCAGCUCGGUGAAGGUCCCGGUGCUGUUUGUCCCAGCUGUCCCUGGGGACGUGAGGGCAGAGUUUGUGAUUGUGUUUGACAACCCAGACUGCAAACCACUGUGCUUCAGUGCCGUGGGGGUGUCUGUGGACGUGCCCCUCUGGGUGCCCAACCCCGACGUGGACCUCAGGAUCUGCCUGUACGACCGGCUGUACCAGGACUGUGUGACCCUGCGGAGCAGAGCAAGCACCACGCUGCGUUUCAAGUUUGAAGUGUGCAAAGAACUGAGCAAGCACCUGGAGCUGCUCCCAAGGACAGGCUACAUCCAGGCUCAGUCAGCCUUCAGUGCACAGCUCAAGUUCCUGCCCAGGCAGUCUCUUCCUGAAGAUGCAGGGAACUAUUUCAAUGCAGAGACAAGAAUCCUGGAGGUCCCAGUGACAAUAGUGAUCAUGGACAAGACUAGAACAGUUAAUUUUACUGUCCAUGCCAUUGUCUCCACUUCUGAUCUGGAAAUCAGCCCAGCAGAGAUCGACUUUGGGCACUGCACCAUCUAUGAAGCUGUUCAGGCAAAUGUCACAGUGACAAACAAAUGCAUCUUGCCACAGGAGUUUGGAUUUGUGGGGCUGCCAGAGUUUGUUGAAGUUCAACCCAACGAUGGAUUUGGAGUUAUUCUUCCCCUGGAGAGCCUGACAUUGGACAUAAUCUUUAAAGCUACCAAGGCAAAAGAGUACAGCUUUGACCUCACCUGCACGACAGAGAUUAACAGACAAUUCAAGCUGUCAUGCAAAGCAGUUGGAGUCCACCCACCUCUUGAAUUGUCUCAUUCCUUGGUUCAGUUUGCUGCAACAGCUCUGAACUCUGUGUCUGAAGCCACCCUGGACGUGCUGAAUCCCCACGUGAGUGGGAACAGCCUCAUCCACGCUGUCCCUCGGAUUGGCACGGGGGAACCUGCCCCAGUUGGACCCACUUCCUUUGAAUUCCACGUGCCAGAGGAUUGUCCUGUGACAAUUACACCUUCUGUGGGAACUGUGCUGCCUGGGCAGAAAAGCUCCAUCCGAGUGUCCUUCAGCCCCGCGCUGCCGGAGCAGCUCGUCAGGGAGGAGGCAGCUCGGAGGCUGAGCAGAGCAGCUGUGCCAGAGGCAGGAAUUCAAAUUCCCAGUGGUGACCCUCAGGGUCUGAUGGACAAAGAGAAGAAAAAUGGAAAGAGAGAGGGAAAGAAAUUGAGCAUUUCCAUUCCCAAACAGCCUGAGAAUAAUGGAGGCAGGAAAAGCCUGACUGGAGAGCCAAAACCUGAAGAGUUAAAGCCUGAUUCUGAUGCUUACAGGGCAGCCCAGGCCUCCCUGAUGAGGAGUUUCAGUGGGAGUUUUAAGAAAUACAUCAUUCCCUGCUUUGUUGCAAGUGGACAGGCUGCUGGAGAGAAGGGCUCUGGACACCUGAGCUGCAGCCCUUACAACACGCUGUACCUGGAGCUGCACUGUCCAGCUGUGGCCCCUCCUGUUCUGGUCACUUCAGACAGUGGGGACAAUGCGGUCGGUUUUGGAGAUGUUUCCGUAGGCCACAGGACGAUGAAGCGAAUCACCCUGCAGAACAUCUCCCCGGGGAGGGUGGGGCUGGGAUUCUCAGCUCUGAAUCCCAACGGCCCCUUCCUGUUGGUGAGAGCAGUUAGAAUGCUUGAGCCAGGUGAAAGUAAAGCCCUGGUCAUCUCCUUUUGUCCAGAUGAGGAUAAAUGGUUCUGUGAGACCCUGGACAUCAGGGUGGCCAAUUCCACCCUCAGCCUGAGCCUCUCUGGGCAUGGGGUGGUGCCAGGCACUGUCUGCUCCGUGGAAGGAGUGCUGGACAUGGGAUAUGUCAUGGCUGGGGAACAGGUGACUUCCACAGUCCUGGUCCAGAACACUUCCAGCCUGGCCCUGCCAUUCUGCACCCAGCUGGACUCGCUGUCACCCACCCGGGACAGGGACCGGCAGAACAUCCCGGCCUUCCUCAGCUCCUCUGGGCAGAGAACAGAGUUUGUUGGAACACAGAACUACAGUGGCUUAAGUGUGUUCAGCGUCUUUCCAACAGAGGGGGAAAUCGAGGCUGGGAAGAGCCAGGAGUUUGUUGUUACCUUCAGUCCUGACCAUGAGAGUCUGUACUACUCCGACCGCCUCCGGGUCGUGCUCUUUGGCAAGCAAACAGCCCAGGAGAUCCCCCUGCGGGGAGCGGCGCGGGAACACCCCAUGUUUGUGGAGGGGGGGGUUCCCCUGGACGUGCCCGUGGAGUCCUUGGCUGUCACAUCGUCUGUGCCAUCACAGGAAGCACUGACAGCAGAGCCCCAGGAGCCGGUGAGGUCCCUUCUCCUGCUGCUGGAAUCCGUGGAUGGAGGGGGCCCUGCAGAGCCAGCCAGGGCAGAGCUCAGGGUGGGGGCUGUGGACACACCUCUGCUGGCAGCCAAGAAGGCCGUGGAGUUCAGCCUGGACUCGCUGCCGGAGCUGGAGCGGGCGGGGAUCGCUGUGGAGGAGCCCCGGGGAGCGCUGGAGCGCGGGCAGGAGCGGAGCAUCCGCGUGUCAUGGGCGCCACCUGCAGAGCUGAGCAAAUCCUGGGAAUUGUAUUCCCUGUCACACAGGCGCUGUUUGACUGGAGCUACUGAACCCCCUGGAGCUACUGAACCCCCUGGCUCCUGUGCCUUCCCUCCCAGAUGCCCUCGGAACAUGUCUGACUGGACCAGCCUGUGGUAUGUCUGGCUGAUCCUGCUCACGGUGUUCCUGCUCCUGCUCUGCGGGCUCUCGGCGAGCUGUGUCAGGUUCUGCUGCCGCAGGAAGAGGCUCCCGGCAGAGACGUUCCCUCGGCACCCCUGUGAGCUGGCAGGGAUCGGCAUCGACAGCGACAGCACCGCCCACAGCACCGUCACCUCAUACAGCUCAUGGCAGUACCCUCCAAGUGUGCAGAUCCCUGCAGUGUUUGUGGAUAUGGAUAAGAACACCGUGUCCCCCCCAGCCUACAGUGUCUAUGCACUGGACUUGCCACCCUCCUAUGACGAAGCCGUGCAGAUGGGAAAGCAGGAGGCUGAAGUGGCCUGGAAACUCAGGGACAUCCCUGAGCAGGGGACACCAGGGGGGCUGAGCCCCAGCCAGGACCCACCUGACACAGUGACCAGAGAUCCAGCAACACAGGCAAAUUCAGGGACUUCAGAAGGUGCCACAAAAGAACAGCCACAGAUGUGACUCACUUCAGAUGGGGAGUUCAGGAAGGGAAGGACUGUAAGAAUCAAAGAGGACGUGAAGGGUUUGGGUUUAUAAGUAGGUUGUGGUGGGAAGAUGUUUCCUCUCGUGCCCUUGCAAUGAUCUGUCAGAAGAAAUGUUUUCUGUGCCUUCUGUAAUCCCCUGGUAAAGCUGCUUCAAGGAUAUGAAACGAGGUAAAAGGGCAGCAGUUUAAAAAUUCCUGUAGAAGUGGGACGUGAAUGCUUGUUCAUCUCCUGAUAAAAAAAUACUCCUUGUGUCCAGCAAUAAGAAAGGUCUGGGGAAUUCUGCCACCUUGGGAAUACACGCUCAGAACAGCACAAGCAGGAAGCUGUUGUUCCAGAACAGAAGUUUCCCAAACUGGAGCUGAAGGGGGAAUCCCCACAAGUCCCACUGAACAGCCUCUGCAGUUUCUCUUCUUUUGAGAACAUCAACUGUCCAGAAAAUUGCUGAGCACAAACUGCUGCAUAAAGGCUCCUGUUCCUCCUGAGCCUGGAGAUGCCAAGCAGGGACAGGAGAGUGUGUGGAGGGAAAUGCCUUCCUUGUGUUCCACAACUACAGACAGGGAAAGAGGCAGAGGAGAAAAGACACUUCUUGGUGGUUGUUGGUCAUGAGACCCAAAGGGAUUGUUGUUGAGGUUUUGUAAAUCUUUAAGUUCCUGUCUUUGAGAAGAGCUGCCUUGUGUGGGGGAUCCUUUCAGUGUUUGUUUUCUCCAGAUGAAAUGCACGUUAGUCCCACAGAGGCCCUUGCACACAAGUUCAGUGUUACUCAGGUGUUUCAAACACCCAUCAGGCAUUUCAAAGAUGCCUUUUUCCUUUGUUAUCUGCUCAGGUGUCAGGGUCUCAGCACAGGACAGAAAAUCCCUGAUUCCUGGCAGCUUUCCCCAGUUCAGGGCGUGGAUGAGCUCAGGAAUGAGCAGGGUGGCACAAACCAGCCAGAAUAAGCUGUAGGUACAAAUCCCACCGUACAGGCUGGGCAACAGCCCAAAGAAGUUACUCCUAGGGAUGGUCCUUUGCGAAGUACUGACAGAAGGACACCUGCUGGGCAUCAUUUUAAACCUGGGAGCUUGGAGCUGGUUACAGCAGUCACAGCCCAGGUAAAAACAUGGGCUGUGAGAGGCCUUUGUUAAAUGCCAGCUCCUUCCCUUGCCUGCCCUUCCUUAUUCCAAGUGGUAGGAAUUUUGCCCACUCCUGAGUAGGGAUUUUCUUGAUUCCACUUUAGCAAGGUGCUAAUUUGGCUGCCUUUAAGAACACGAGCAAUGCCCAGGGUGGCUCCUUGCUCUGGGAUUCUCUGUGGGAUGGGAGCAGGAAGGAAAGCCUGAGCAUUGGUGCUGUUAACGCUGGAGCACAAACCCCAGUGUCUGCCAUUAACCAGCAGUAGAAGUGGUGGGCACAAAAGCCUGCACAGCUUUUAGAAGACUGUUAUUCUCUGCCAACCAUCACUGCAAGAACUGCUCUGGAAAUGAGCACUGAUGAUUUAAGACUGAAGGUCUCUGCCAGCCACGCUGGUGUGUGUGAGCUGCCCGUGGCUCCCCGGGGAAGGGUCGGGUCUAUAUUUAACUUGCAUGUCCCUUACUAUGAGGGCUGACUGGUGUAACAAAUCUGCUUCUCUUGUGUCUCCUCUCUGUCAUUCUUAAUUAUAUUUCUCCUGUUUUAUUCUUU